AUGGCUCGCCUCGCCGUUGGCAUGCUGGCGCUGCUGGCGUUUGGCUGCCUGGCCCACCAGGCCGCCGCAGUGAACGGCGGAUCAGGCUGUCAGUACAUCGACCGCCGCGAGCUGGCCCUGAAGCUGACCAACAACGGCGUGCCGCCGACCCCGGCCGUGUACUUUGCCUUCCUGAACCAGCUCGCGAGGACCAACAACUGGGUCUGCAAGACUUGCGGGACCGGCACACAGAAGGUCAACACCGCGGCGCCCGUCGACAUCGGCCUGAUCGCCCCCGGCUUCGGCCAGUGCACCUGCGCAUCGGGCUUCGGCGCCUUCAGCUACAGGAUCGAUCAAACCUCGACCACCACCCCCCUGGUGGUCGCCAACCCCGGCAAGCUGAUCCAGGGCAUCGGCUGCACCAAGUGCCCCACUGGUCAGAAGGGCCCCAACACAUACGACGGGACCACCACCGCAGCGGCCCUCCUCAUCGGCCCCUACGCCCCCGCCUCCAACACCUGGACUGGCACCAGGUGUACUUGCACCGUCACCGCCACCGGCGCGGCGUGCUAG